CCACUUCUGCCGCUGCCUCUGUCGUACAGAGUCAAGCGAUGUCAUCGCUGCUGCAGCAGAAACAAUUGCCUUAUUGUCAUGGUAUGCCGUACUACUUGGUCCUUGAAGCCGCCGUGUUUCGAAAACUGGUAAUGCGGCCAGCAGCAGUUACCGUUGGGGACAAAGGUAGAGGCAAGAGCGCAGGCAAGGCGGCGGCGGCGGUGGCGGAGGAUCUUGAUCCGGUUGCUCUCCGGGCCCUGUGGCCCCGGCUGCGAGUGCUGGCCCGGUGUAGCCCGGGGGAUAAGUACCUGCUGGUUUCGACGCUGAAGAAGAUGCGGGAGGAGGGGGGGAUGGAAGAGGUUAUUGCAGUAACGGGCGACGGCACCAACGACGCUCCCGCCUUGGCCGCUGCGGAUGUGGGGUUUUGCAUGGCCACGGGGACACCCAUCGCCAAGUAAGAAGCGGAGAGCGGACGGGGGAUUCGAAUGGGUGAUGAAGUAGUGGGGAAAGCAAAGGGUAAGAUGGAUGGUUUGCAUUGCCACGGGGGCAUGCAUCCAACGCUGAUUGGUUGGAGAAGGGGCGGGUAUGGAGCCUAUGGAGGUAUUGGCUUGUGUACGUGCUUAUAGAAAAGCUUCGACAUGUGGGAGGAGGACGCGCACGGUAGAGGAGGGGCUGGGGUUUGGUUAAGGAACAACCUAGAGGUAUUAGGGGGGUACUUUGGCACGGUCGCGGGGGCAGUGGUCAACGGAAAAGGAGGUUGAAAACACAGGCAGCAAGGCACUCGUUGAGGUAUGACUUUGUAUAUACCCUUCGCUAGGCAAGGGACAAGCAGAGCAGAGCUGGGCAUUAGGCGGGACACGGGAGAAUGGCAGGACACGGUCGGGGAACUUGGAUGGAG